AUGGCCACUCAACAGAACAACGACAGCGGACAAUCCACGCUGGCAAUCUCCCCGUCUCUCAUCGUCGGCAUCGUCAUCCUCGCGGCAUUCGCAUGCAUCAUCAUCUUCGCGAGUGUCUUCCGCUACUGUCGUCGGAGCCAGUCCUCCUUGCAUGAUCUUGAAGCUUUCGAAGAGACGGGCGAAACUGAAUUCUACAAUCCCAAUAAGCCACUGUCGGCGUCGCAGACUGCCAGGUUGAAGGAGGUGAGAUGGAUCAAUAACAUGUACGCAUGGGAGAGGGGUCGACGGGCACGCAUGGAGGCUGGAGAGCUGCGACCUACCACGAUGAUAAUGGGACGGAAAGGAGAAAAUAAGAACUGGGAUGACUAUUCAACUGUGGGAGACAGUUCGUGGCAAACCGGCUCAGGGAGCGAUGAAUCUCGUGCUCCGUAUUUCUACAAUCUCGAUGACCCUUACGCACGGUCUUCGCAGCAACGACUAAGCCACCUCGCACCUCCAACAGACCAAUUCCGGAACUCUUACCAGUCCACCGUCAGCGGUCACGGUCACGGGUAUCUUCCGCGCCACCCAUCUGCACUGCUUCCACCGCCGACUAACGGCCGACGAGACGCAUUGUCACCCGUCGCCCAGAAAAGCCCCUUGAGGAAUGAGUACCUAUUUGAUGGUCACGAUUCAGAUCCCAGUGCAGUGUUUGACGCCGGGCCACAAUACAUGCACCAUGGGCCAAGAGUUGAUUCGUUACGUCACAUUGAGCGCCGGAGUCCGAGUCCUCUUGUCAAUCCGACAAUCACCGUCAGCGACGAAAGUCAGGAGGCGGCGGCAUACAUGCACUCCCCACCUGCAAUGGCCUAUGAUGCCAAUUUCGAGACCGUCACGCUCGAUGCUCAUGAUCAGGUUGCUACAGGAGACGAGGGCAUGGCCAUGAAUCAACGCAAUCUUACAGAACGGAGUGCGGAGCUGGCAGACCACCGACCCUCGGUGGUUGUGGUGAACGAUGAAUCAUAUCCCCAACUUCAACUCCAAUUCUUGACACAGUCGCUAUCUCAGAACUCGGUGAGCGUGUAUGAUGACCACCAAGAAGAAGAUGUUGGCGAAUGCAAUGGCUUAAAUGAGCAAUCGUCCACGAAUCGCGCUGGUACGGAGAAUGGGGAGCACAACGCGCAGCCGCAGGAGAUGGAGAUGGACGAGAACGGAAAGGGCGAGAACGAGAAGGAGAUUUCGAAGCGAAAUGUCAAAGGCAUGAUUCACCAGUGGGAGAAAGCGAAUGCAAGCUUCGCGAGAAGUCACUUGGCUACACCCUGA